GAGAGAGAGAGAGAGAGAGAGGGAAAAUAGCAAAACGGAAGAGAGAGUACGUGAAUGAAAACCGUUCUGUUCCCCAGAGGAACACCUCUCUAAGCCCAUAAAGAGUUAUUUAAAGGUACUGCUGUGAGAGAGAAAAAGAGGAAAUAAGAAAAAACCAUGUUUCAGAGGAAAAAACUAAGGCAUACCCAUGGAAGAUCCGAUCUAUUUGAUGGGCUACAUGAUGAUAUUGUGAUUUGCAUUCUCUGCAAGCUCAGUUCCACCGCUCGUUGCACUUCAGAUUUCAUCAAUAUUCUCUUCACUUGCAAAAGACUAAACCGUUUGGCUCUUCACCCUCUGGUCCUUUCCAAAGCUGGCCGGAAAACACUCACCGUCAGAGCCACAAACUGGUCCGACCAUGCUCACCGGUUUUUCAAACAGUGCGUUAACGCCGGCAACGUCGAAGCGUCUUAUACACUCGGCAUGAUCCGAUUUUAUUGCCUGCAAAACCGAGGAAGUGGAGCGUCUCUAAUGGCAAGGGCAGCAAUUAAAUCACACGCGCCGGCACUGUACUCACUGGCUUUGAUUCAAUUCAACGGCAGUGGUGGCUCGAAAACCGAGAAGGACCUCCGUGCCGGCGUAGCACUCUGCGCCAGAGCCGCCUUCCUCGGCCACAUCGACGCCCUUCGCGAGCUUGGGCACUGUCUCCAAGACGGGUACGGCGUCUGCCAAAACAUCACCGAGGGGCGCCGGCUCCUCAUCCAAGCCAACGCGCGCGAGCUCGCGUUAGUCCUACGCUCCUUCAUGCCAUUGUCCUCCAAUCCUCUCACGUGGCAGUCUCUGCACCAGCGCAGUAAUGGGUCCGUAUAUGGUCCGGGUAUGUAUAUUGGGUGUGGGUUGUGGAGUGAGUUUGGGUGUAACGUGCCGGAACGUGAAGUUCAUCCAGCGAAUCGUUUCUUAGUGGAGUGGUUCGGGUUGAGGGGUGGAGGUCCGGGUCAUGGGCUGAGGAUGUGUUCUCACUCAGGCUGUGGAAGGCCCGAGUUCCGGAGGAAUGAAUUCAGGAGGUGUUCAGGUUGUGGGAAGGUGAACUAUUGCUCACGUGGGUGUCAGGCCCACGAUUGGAAGAUACGCCACAAGGUGGAGUGCGCACCCAUGGAGCAAUGGAUGGAUCUGGAUGCUAUUGAUAAUGAUCAGGAAGAGGAAGGAGAAGGAGAAGGAGAAGCAGAAGAUGGUGAUCGUACGGUGGAAGUUGAAGAUGAUGGGGACGGUGGGCCCGGACGAUGAAACAGAAUGAAAUUUCAUUCAAGUCAUUUAAAUUUUAAUUGGUCAGUUUUUAAAAAAGGUUUUGUGUGUGUUAUUUUUUUUGUCUACAUUUUGUACUAUUUGAAAGAAUAGACAGGUUUGAUUUUGAUAAUACGGCAGAAACCAUCUCUCAUUCAUUUUUUUUGUUUAGUGUAAAUCGAUUUGUUUUAUGUGUUGUAUAUAGCCAACCAGAACAGGAGUAGUUGCAAAGAUUGAAUCCAGAUGUCAGUGUCAAUCAGUGCUGCUUCUUGUAUGCAUAUGGAUUGGGAUUUGGUAAUUAUACAUACUAUU